AUGGUGGUUGGGCGUUUCGUUCCCAACGCCAAGUACGGCGAGGCUGCGCCCAUGUGCAAGGUGUACCGCAUGAAGCUGUUUGCGAAGAACCUCGUCUGCGCGCGCUCUCGGUUUUGGUACUUCAUGGGGCGGUUGUGCCGCGUGAAGAAGGCCAACGGUCAGAUCAUCUCGAUUCACGAGAAGAAGCCGCUGCGAGUGAAGAACUUCGGGUUCUGGUUCCGCUACGAGUCGCGCACCGGCACGCACAACGCGUACAAGGAGUUCCGCGCCCUCAAGCUGACAGACGCCGUCAACCAGCUCUACCAGGACAUGGCGGGCCGCUCGCGCGCCAAGUCGUCGGCGAUCCAGAUUCUGAAGACGGCCGAGCUCAAGCCGUCCGAGUGCAAGCGGCCGGUCAUCAAGCAGAUGCACUCUAAGACGCUCAAGUUCCCGCUGCCGCACCGCGUUCCGACCACGGCCAAGGCGUACAAGACCACCUUCAAGGCUGCGCGCCCCAACACCUACUACUAG